AUGCAAGAACCACCGAAACUUACAGAAGAAGAACGUCGUAAAUAUGAGGAAGAACGUCGCAAAUACGAAGAAAAGUUAAAAUACGCACCAUAUGAAGAACGUAGAACUUACUAUAUAAAAGAAUAUUCUCCGCACAUUUGCUAUUCUUCAAGAUAUUACGACGAUAUUUCAGAAUAUAGGCACGUCACUUUACCAAGAGAAAUAGCACAAUUCUUACCCCAAGACACAUUGUUAUCAGAAGAAGAAUGGAGAGGUUUUGGAGUACGUCAAUCUCAAGGUUGGGAACAUUAUUUAAUUCACGCACCCGAACCACAUAUCUUGCUCUUCAAACGUGAAAAAGAUUAUCAAUGUUGUUUCUGUAUUGGCCUUAGAACGGCUACCCUGUUAUUAGCCUCUCUUGGAGCCUUGGCUUAUCUAUCAAAUGCGUAUCAUUUUUCAAUCUUGGCAGGCCAAUUUGGAUUCUUUUAUACUGUUUUAUCUACAUAUUAUUUAGGUGCUUCCUUUGCCUGUCUUGCGGGUAUCGCUGGUGUAUUAAAGAAUAACCUUAAAUAUGUGAAAAUUUAUGCCAUGUUUUAUUGGUGGCAACUUAUGUUAGGAUUUACAAUUUCAAUAGUAUUUUCGGUUGUGGCAUUCUAUUUUGAUAAAGAUCUUCAUUUCUGUAUGGCUGUCUGGGCUUAUUAUCAAAGACUUAAGGUCGAAAGACAAUAUGGUGACAUUAGAGAUUCUAGUUAUAUUGUAUAUUAUACUCCUAUCCCUGCUUAUACUGUUGUUCCGCCACCUGCAUAUGAUUCUGUUCCUGUCGAUUCAAAAUCUUCUUCGAAUAUUCUACCUCAUAGUGACAAGCAAUAA